AGUCCCGCAGGCGCCGCAGCCAUUGGCUGCCGCCUCCCACGUGCCUGCCCGCUGCCUGCACCUUCGUGUCAUUUUCCUGCCGGCCCCAUGGAGGAAGUGGAAAAGUUGGCGCGGCCCCGCCGGACGCUGAAGACCCGGUGGCGGCGUGACAGAGGGAAACGGCGAGGAUGAGCUCCUUCCUCGAGUACCCCGUUCUCGGCGGCGAGGCGGGGGGAUGCGCCGCCCGCGCCUAUCAUCCAGACCACGGGAUUACAACUUUCCAGCCCUGCGCGGUCAGCGCCGGCAGCUGCAGCGGAGAGGACCGCUUCCUUGGGGGUCGCGGGGUGCCUAUUAGCCCCCACCGCCACCAUCAUCCCCCGGCCCAGCCCACCGCCUACCAGCACCACGGCGGCCUGGGGGUGUCCUACGCGCACCCGGGCUGUGGCCCGACCUACGGUGCGCAGGGCUUCGGACCGGCGUACAGCCCCUACCCACUCGGGCAGGACGCGGAGCUGGGUGGGGGCUUCCCCCCCUGUGCCCCCGCCGUGUACUCCGGAAGCAUCUCUUCCUCUGCCGCUGCUCAGCACCCGCACCAGAGCUACGCGGGGAGUCCUGCUCAGUACGUGCCUCCCCACUACGGGCAGGAGCAGCAGAGCCUGCCCCUGAGCACCUACAAUCAUACCCUGUCUCCCCUCCAUGCCAGCCACCGGGAAAACGCCCGCUCUCCCUCCGCCGAGACCUCGCCGGCAGCGCAAACCUUUGACUGGAUGAAAGUGAAAAGAAACCCACCCAAAACAGGCAAGGCUGGUGAGUACGGCUUCGUGGGACAGCCCAACACUGUCAGAACUAACUUCACCACCAAACAGCUCACCGAACUAGAGAAGGAAUUUCAUUUCAACAAGUACCUGACCAGAGCCAGGCGGGUGGAAAUCGCCGCCUCCCUCCAGCUCAACGAGACGCAGGUGAAGAUCUGGUUCCAGAACCGGCGGAUGAAGCAAAAGAAACGCGAGAAAGAGGGGCUGCUGCCCAUCUCCCCCUCCACCCCUACGAGCUGCGAGGAGAAGGCGGAGGACUCCUCGGAGAAGUCCUGCUCGUCGCCUUGCAGCGCCUCGCCCGCAUCCUCCGCCUCGGACACCCUCGCUGCUCCCAACUGAGCUCGGGCACCCCCUACGGCCCCCCAUCGCGAUGCUCCGGACAGUACAGCUCGCGUUCGUUCUCCGCGGUUAUGUUGGUCCGUGGGUCGGUUCCUCGGUUGGUCGGUCUCCCCGAGAGGUCCCAGCAGUCCGGCGUCCGGUCUCCCCCUUCCUCGGGGAUUCCGGCUCUGCGCCCGCUCGCCUCUCAACCGUCGUGUCCCGGCACCUUGGUGCCAGGGGAUUCUCUUUUGCGUCACCACCCCCCACGCGCCCAAAACUUUCGCUGGAGCAUCUGUGUUGGCACAAGCGUAAGGGCCUUCCUCCUCUGCUACAAGGACGCUCCUCUGAGUAUCCCUGAGUGAAAGACGAGUUGUCUAGGGUACAUAACCUCACGAAGAGAUGCACUAUUGCCAGUGUUUACACGACCUAUAGGACUUUCACCCCCUUAAUUUAAUGUAUUAUUUGUUCGUGUCUAUGAAUUUGUUGCUUGUAAAUACUUUGUCCGAGAGAUUUAUCUUUUUACAGAAUUUUCUAGAAAUGACGUUUCAAUUAUCUGGUUAAGCAGGGUGAGCACAUUUGCCAAACUGGAUCCAGUUUUAUAUUGGUAAAGCCGAUGACAGUACCAAGUGAACGUCUUAAGAUCAAGCAGAUACCUCAAAGAAAAAGAAAAAAAAAGUAGCGCUAUAUCUUUAAAUGUGACAAACAAGGCUUCAAUUGCACUAGGUUUUGUAGACCUUACCCUGUGUGCUUUACUCCCCCUUCCCCUCCCCCUCCCGAAAGCUGUGCUGGAUUAUACUCAGCAGAAGGGUAUAACCAUCAAAAGACCUCUUCCUAUUUUCAUGUUAUUAAACUUCCUUUAGACUCGAUGUCUUUUCAGCCUACUCGCGAAUGUGACAAAUGGCCAAAUGAAUGUAUAAUUUCUGUGGUUGGUGUCCGGACCAUUGCAUGAUGCACCGUGCUGUCUGUACUGCAGGUACACUGAGUUCUAUCAGUUGUCGUGUGUGAACGAAAUGUCCUCCUGAUUUUCUGUACAAUCAUGAAAGGCUCUGGGAUUCCGCUGGUGAUGGAAGCCAGGGCAGGAUUUACGGGUCCUUAUAAUAUCUGUAAUAAAUAUAUCCCACAUUCAGGUAG